GGACUUAGGCCACUCCCAACUACAGAACUACCAACAAUGAUAUAUGAAAGCAGCAAGGUAAAGUUUUCCAAAGCAUCAGCUGUAGCAGCAGCAAAGGCACCACCGACCAUGGCAUCAAAACCGGCACCGAUGUCAACUGCAGCUUCGAAACUUGAUGCAAGGGUAGAUGUGAGCAAGACAGCUGGCAAUCCACGAAUAAAACAGCUACAGGAGCUGUUUACGAAACCUGAUGGUGUGCCAAUCCAUCUAAAGCGAGGAGCUGUGGACAGAGUUCUCUUCUCUUCCACCAUGGUGCUAUGUGGAAUUUGUGUUGCCUAUACUGCCUACACAAUAUAUGACAUGGCUUUUCCAAAAAAAUCACAAUAACAAGUCCUCGUGUUAUUAGGAAAUAUAUUUGGGGGGAGCAGCAGUUUUAUUAGCAUUGGUGAAGUUCAAAACCUACAUGAACUGCAUAGACCAAUAUUACACUCAGUUAAUUUGAAAAUAUCUUUGUAGAAGAUGUGUGCAUUAA